ACAUAAUUUGGUAAUUUGUGUAACUUUAGGCAACCAGCAUUACACCAUCUAGCAUUUAAUCAUUUAUACAAGAUUUAAAUGAUUUCUAAUAAGAAGAAUAACGAAAGAAUCCUUUAUUAUUUAUUAAUCCUUACAUAAUCAAUAGAAAGUAGCAAAAAAAUAACCUCAUUUUUUACAUAAACAUAUCAUCAUAGCCUGGAGGAGGCAUCUCAUCGCUAUCGGGUCUCCUGGGCCCCCUGGGAGGUUGUCUGGUGUCGGGAGGCCUGAAGGGGUCGAACCUCGCCCCUGGCGGAACGGCGCCCGGUGGCAACCCUGCGUGAGGGUUGAAAGGACCUGGCAUUGGAGGGGGUUGAUACAACAUGCCGCCUCCUCUGCCGGGGUAUAUUCUGUUUGCGGGGCCUCUAAGGGGGUCCAUACCAUUGAAAGGGUCCAAGUCUGCUCUGCCAUAACCAGGGUCCAUUACACCCCCUAUUUGUAGGGGGUUGCCAGAGUGCCUGGGGUAUGGAUCGGGGAUGGAGGAUCUCGACGGUCUUUCAGAGGUUGUUGGUUGUUCGGUUUGACUUGAUGAGUCUCUAGAUUUGCUCGAUACUACAAUGCUUUCGAUGAGCUGUUUUUUUAUUUGUUCGACUACUGUGCCGUAGUCGGGGAUUAUGUCCUCGAUAGAGCCGUGUCUAGAGGCCACAGACUCCGUAUUCAACUGUAUCAAGGACACAGUACGUUCGUCCACUCUAAAUAAAUUGAUUAUGAUGCCAUCGUCCAACAUCGUACCUUUCAGGUUGUACAACCUGCCUGAAUGCACGUAUCGCAAAGUGUACUCAUCGUUCCACCCUUUAGGCAAAGACUCGGUUUUCGUUUCCGAGCCAUCGAUGUUCUUUGAUUCUCCAACACCGACGCAUUUAAACCCAUUGGUAACCAAAACCAAAUGGGUCAAACAAACCAGCACGUCUUGAUGGUUUUUCACGUCUUCCUUCACGGAAUUGUACAGCAAAUCCCAGCCGAAUAGGCCAGCCAUGAUUAGCGGAAAAAAACACUAGAAUUUGCAGUAAUUAUCGGGAGUUGUUUACAAACAGCGGUGUCAUUCUUUGACGUUUAAAAGUUAGGUUAGAAAGUCUACCAGUGAGAUUGAAAAUAGUAGACGGAGAAGUACCAGUGACGUUAAAAUAAAUAGAGAUUUUUUGUAGUGGGAAAUUUUUAACGCAAAAAAACCCAAGGAGGGAGUCAAUCACCCGGAAGACGAAAUAGCGUUUGAAGAAGCUAAAUCGAAAAUAGGCGAUUACGUAUUGAAAACCGACGAAAAUUAUAGAAUUCCAGCCCAUUUACGUAAAACUACGACGUCAAAGUAUAAAGAUGUUUUGGAGUGCAAAGAAACCUUGUAUAAUAUACAGCGUACAUUUUCUUUAGAGGUAUACGCUUUGAGGCGUAAAAAGUAUGAAAUUAUCGACAAAAUUAUAAAGCAAGAAGAAAUAAUUAAAUGGAUACAUCAAAGAAUACCUUCGGAUUUGAGGAGAAGUGGUCCGGUUUUCGAAAAAUAUAUUCCAAGUGAAUUUCCGGAAAAAAUGUUCAAUGUUUGUGUUGAAAUGGAAACUAUUGAAAAAAAAGAAAUUGAGUUGGAUGAAGAAAGUGAAGUUUACCUAAAGUGCCCAUUUGAUGAUGAUUUCAUGGUACAAAUAUUACCCAAAAGGAAUAACUUUCCACCAAGACCAGCUGGCGAAUUAUUUUUUGAUGUACUGGACAUACAGAAACAUUUAAGAACUAUACCUGACAGUACUCUUAAAGACUUAAUUCAAAAUGCAAAAAAUGAAAAAGUUGACACCUAUUACGAACGAGAAAUGCGUGCUUGGAUGCUUAAUAAGCUUCUUUUCCAACAGCAGCAUUCCAUAGACCAAAUCAACAUGUUGAUAGACCAGAUAAAUGAAGACAUAAGAAACUUAUACUUGCAACUGAACUACAAAGUCUACACAUUAAAUAGACUUCGACUGCACAUAAUGGCGCUAAAUCAGGAACUUGCCGUACUGAAAAGGUUCGAACGUAACGAAUUUAUACUCGAAAAACAAGUGCAAGAAAACAAUACCGCUGUUUUGGACAUGACAGAUGCCAUUACUGAUUUGAUGAAUAAAAUCAGCGAUAUAAAUCGACUGAUUGACGAUUGUAACGUUAAAAUGGAGGCUAUUUUUCAGAGCUUCACCCAGGCCACUAAUAAUAAUAAGUUUUAUGAUUUUUUGCGCAAGGUGUUCAAGAAAAAGUUUAAGGUUCCUAGGAUACGCGAAGAAGAUGACAGCAGUUCUGACUCCUCAUCCUCGUCGUCUGACGAAUCGGACGACGACGAUGCAGCCUCUCUGGACUCUAGGGAUUUUGGUUUUAUAAAGUUGGAUCUGAACGUUUGCCCGAAGGGCUGCGAGCAAGCCAUCUACGAUUACACUGUGCAGCUCAGACAGAAAAGAUACGAAAUAGAGGCUUCCGUUAAGGAGAACGAGAAGCAAAUCGAAACCUACAGGAAAGAACUGGAAAUGCACAACAAGAAGUUGGGCGUGUUGGAGGGGAAUUACCAGAAAAGCAAGCAAAGCUUGUGGGAAUAUCAAAGGGAAAAGCAGAGGGUUUUAAAUGACAUAAUCUAUACCUUGGUGGUAAAAAUGGAUCAGUUUCAGUACAUAGAGAACUUUAACGUUGAAAAUUGCGUGGUUAUGUCGAAAAAUACGCUGUCCAGGUUGUAUUCCAGAGUGUCGGAGCUACAACAAGAAGGCUUGCAUGAAAAGGAAAAACACGAAAUUUACAUUCGUCACUUGAUGCGCAUGAAGCGCGAUUUCCACUUCAUGGACCAGCAGAUCAGAAAACUGAAGCAAGAAAUUUCCUAUCAAAUGUUCAUUAAAUUCGGACGAAUGGUCGAUAUCGACGAUGUCGAGUUGUACGUAAUAAAAAGCACUUUAAAGUCUGACUUAACCGAUAUGGCGGAGGUUUGUAUAAAAAAGAUGGUCUACGACCUGAGAAGAAAGAAUGUCGGCGAAGCCACCAAAUCAUUUAAGAAGGAAAUUAAAAGAUUAAUUACAUUUAAAGCAAAGAAGCAAUUCGACUACAUAAAUUUACUAAAAACGAAUACAGCAAAAGCAGAAUUGCUGAGGAUUUUGAACAAAAAAAGAGGUUUGCUGGAGGCAGAUCUGAACAGUCAGGAUGUCAAAAUGAUGUCUUUCGAGUAUUACGACGAACAAAUCAAACAGGAUAAGGUCGAACUUGAGAAGAUGCAAGGGAUAAUAGAAAGUCAAGAGAAUGAAAUCCAGGAUCUGAAAGACGAAAUACAAAUGCUGAAAACCAAAGGGUAUCCUCCAAGACCUGUGCGUGAAAGGAGGAAAAUGGAAGAAGUUGAGGAACCAAUCGAUUUCGCAGAGUACUUUAAAACUUUUGUUGAUGCCGGCGAAGAGGACGAGGAAAGAAUAUCGGCGGAUAUUAUUUUGCCUUAUAUAUACACGGAUGCCGAAGCAAUCGUCAGAAGCCUUAUCGAGGAUCUCAUGAUCCAGACCGAAGAGUUGGCUGAAAAGAGGUCGACUGAAAAAAUGGCGAGGGAAAUCGUCGAAAGAGUAUUGAAAUGCACAAGUUGCCACGCAAUAGUUAGAGAGUUAAUAGACAAUUUGCCUAUAACACCGUCCGAUGAACAAUUGAAAAUGAUAGACGAAACUGCUUCCAGAUUACUGCAAAUCCAAGAUCUUGAUGAGGAUGAUGGUGAAAUUAAGUUCCAAUUGGAGACUGAAGAGGAAAAACAGGCCUACUUUCUUGAACUAGUAGAGCAAAUAAUAGACGAGGUUAUGUUAAUUCAUGGCGAACCUUACGAAGUCAUGACCAGGUUGCUGAUGAGAGUCGUGGAAGAGGUUCCUGUGUUAUACCUCAUCAGGAAAGAGUGUAUAGAUAAAUUGGCCAACCAGUUCGGCUCCAAGAUAAGCUUGGAGGGUUUGAGGAACGAAAUAUUACCGGAAAUUGAGUGUAUUUCCGAUUUUCACAAGGAGGAUUUAAGGACUGUAGCUAGCGCCGUUAUAUUGAGGAUGCAAGGGAGUGCAGAUGUAGUUGCUAGAGAACUCGUGGAAGAUUUAGUUGAUACUAUAUUGUUGGAAAGGGGUAAAACCUUCAACGUUAUGGCUCAUAUCAUAGAAAGGUUGGUAGCGUCGAUACCAGUGCAAGUAUUAAUGCAGGAAGAAUCGUUUGAUAACAUAGCAGACGUCAUCAAAGAUAAAUUUGAUAGGAAGUUGGAUUACGAACCGCUCUUGGAAGGUAUAAGCAGUGUGGAACUAAGCAGAAUCAUGGAUGUGAGGGCUAUUUUAAAUAUAAUUUUACAUAGGGUUUAUGGGGAAGGUUUGGAUUAUCUAUACGUAGUCAAUAAUGCUAGACAGUAUAGAGUCCAGGGGUAUAAUAUAGAUGUAGAACCUGAAUAAUGUAUUCAAUUUUAAUAAACGUUAAUAACUACUCUGGUAGAUAUUUUUCGUGUAUUUCGACGAAUUUAUCCAACGGGCAGAACUCCUGACAUCCCGGAAGUUUCAUUAACUUGGGGUCUUCUUGUUUGUAAUCUUGAUAAAAUAUUUUUAGACCAUAUUCACCAUUUAUUUCAUGAAGCUCCAAAAUGACGCAAGCACAAUAUGGCGGCAUGUGAGGUUCAAAGAGGUCUAAUGUACCCAAAAAUUGGGUUAUAUUAAUGUCAUGUCCAGAGUACAGGUAAAUUUUUCUUUCCUCUGAAAGCACACCCUCCAUUUUGGCCUUGCAUUCAUCGAUGAUUUUCUUUAAAAAGUUUCCU